GGGGAGGCUCAGAUAAAUAGGAAUCAGCAGAUGAAUCCAUCUGCUGCUCCACAGGGAAGGAGGGGGCCUGCUGAUGCAGGGGCUAAGCCUGGUGGGAGCAAUAUUUCAACGGGUGGUAAUUACCAAGGUGGAGAUGGGAAUAGAGGUUAUGGGAGAGGAGGUAACUGGGGGAGGGGGAAUAAUAAUGCCAUGGGGAAUCGGGGGCCUGUUAAUCCAAUGAGGAAUAGGGGUGGGGGGAUGGGUGGCAGAGGUAUAAUGGGUCAUGGUGGAAAUGGAUUUGGGCAGGGUAUGGGUGGUACUCCACCACUGUUGCAUCCUCAGUCAAUGAUGAAUCAGGGUUUUGAUCCUGCAUUUGGUGGUCCCAUGGGUAGAAUGGGCAAUUAUGGAGGCUUUCCCGGUGCUCCAACACCACCAUUCUCUGGUAUUUUACCUUCAUUCCCUGGUGUGGGAGGUGUUGGUUUGCCUGGAGUGGCACCUCAUGUCAAUCCGGCAUUUUUCGGAAGAGGGAUGCCUGUGAAUGGUAUGGGGAUGAUGCCCACAUCUGGCAUGGAUGGUCCUAAUAUGGGAAUGUGGUCCGAU